GAGAAUUGCUGAUAUGUCCAAUGAUAUCAGAGAGCAAUUAAUACAGUUUAUUAAAAAUAGUCCAUACUAUGCCUUGCAGUUGGAUGAGUCUACCGAUAUUGCUGGACAGGCACAGCUUCUUACAUAUGUCAGGUAUGUCAGGGAUAAAUUAAUUGAGGAGGAUGUCCUUUUUUGCCGCCCUCUUCAGUCACACACAACUGGAGAGGCCAUCUUCAAUGUCCUUGAUUCAUUUAUUCGCGAGAAUGGGUUGGCGUGGGACCGAUGCGUUGGCUUGUGCACGGAUGGCGCACGAGCAAUGACGGGCCGUGAGCAAGGUCUAGCUGCUCGCGUUAAGCAGGUAGCUCCACUUGUAAAAUGGACCCAUUGCAUGGUUCAUCGCGAAGCACUCGCUGCAAAAAUGCCGUCUCUGUUGGAAUCCGUGCUGAACCAAUCAGUAAAAAUGAUCAACCUCAUCAAGUCACGGCCGCUAAACUCUCGCUUGUUUGAGGUCCUCUGUCAGGAGAUGGGGUCAGAGCACGAACAGCUGCUUCUGCACACUGAGGUUCGCUGGCUGUCCAGGGGGCGGGUGUUACAACGUUCGUAUGAGCUGCGAGAU